UAGUAAAUAGAUAAAGAAAUGUGGUUAUUUUUUUCAUAGCGAUUCUAAUGUUGUAUAUUAUAACCGAGGAACUGUAGUUUCAAUUUAUAAUAAAGAAAGGUUAGAAACGAAUUUUGACAAGUUAUAAAAAAAUGUCUAAAUCAAAAAUAAUAGAUAAAGCGUUGCAAGAUGAGAUGAUAAAUAGUUCUCUAGAUUUUGACGUAACGAUUCCAUGGUCCAAAGAAUUAACGGAGGUACUAUCUUUGAAUUCGUCGCAAUUGAGUAUUUUAUGAAAUAAUUAUAAUUGUAAAAUAAGUGUAAAAGGAACUUAUAUCUUUAACACAUCGCAGGAAAUUUUACCUGAUCACAUCAUAUUCCCAAAAGAAUUAAAUUUAUUUUUAAGGAAUCGGAUACAGGUAAUUAGGAUAAAUACAGUUUAUACAUUAAUCAUUCUUUCAAAAUGACAUUUAUAGAAUAUAUUAAAUGUAAAAGAAAAAAAUCGAUUUCACCAUAAAGUGAAAUUAAUAUCGCGAAAUAAAUAACAGGAUUUAAUUGCUGAAAAUGGUUGUCUGCGUCGGGCGCUCGAAGAGGCGGAGGAGAAAAUCCACAAAAAGCAAGGAAUUGCAGAAUGGGGGCAUUCAACAAUUUUAGGGAAACCUCAUGAAGUAGCAACAGCAAAGAUCAUUGAGCUUAGCAGAAGAUGUCGAGAACAGAUAGCUGAGAUUGAAGUUCUUAAAUCAAAGUGCAAAAAUCUAGAAGUGCAUUUAACUAACAAAGAAACGGAAUUAGAGAAUGAGCGACACGAAAGGAGACAUUCGAACACUGAUGACUCCUCUCAGAAGAGUGAGUUAUAUUAAAGAUUUUUCAGUCGUACACGACAUUCUUAUACUGUUACAUUCUUCCAUCAUCAUCAUUCCGCCAUAUUAUGAUCGAGAUACAGGAUGGUAUCCUUGACAAAGGUACCAAGAAUAGUCAGCCGAAGGGAGACGAGGAUCGAAUCAAACAUUUGUACGAAAAGUUACAACAGACUCAAAUAAAACUCUAUGAAUCCAAAAAUAUUUGUGCCAGUCUCAAACAAGAGAUUAAUAAAUUGCAUAAGGUAUUGUUUUUAAAACUUUUAUCGGAAAAUUUAUAUAUAAAUAAAGAAUAUAUAGAACACACACACACACAAUACGCGCGCAUGCAAUGCAUAAUUUUUAAUGUUGAAAAUGUAGUUAUUGUACAGCGAAAUUGGUGUAAAUGUGAAUUUGAAUAAUUUAUUGAAUCAAUCUGGAUGGCGAGGAAGAGCUGAACAGAUUCAUCUGCUGCAGCAAAAGAUAACGGAACUGCAAUCAAGAUUGUCGGGAUACGAAGGAACGCAAAAGACAUCCAUCGGUAUUAAAACGAAAUUCCGGAGUUGUAGGUUUUUAUUUAUAAGGUGUAUGUCUUGUGUAUUAGUGUCUGUAGAACGGAAAAAUUUGGCAAAUCUUCGAAAUGUUGAGAAAGAGAGGCGGCGACAAAUAGAAGAUUCAGCGAAGCAACUUCGGCAAACGGAAGUCAUCGUUGAGGGAUACAAGAGGAAGCUAGAGGCUUCGAAGGCAAGAAUAAAAGUGCUGGAGCAUGAGUUGAAUGUUGCGAAAGGAAAUAUUGCCAUAUUAAAUGAGAAGAGAUCUCAUGAUAAUCAUUUAAUCGAGACACUCAAUAAUCGGCUUAAAACUACCGAAAUAAAACACGAAGAACGCGAGAUAGAUAUGAAAAAUAGAGCAGAGAAGUUCGAACGUGAGUACACGAACUUAAAGAACGAUCUGCAGUCGGCGCAACUUCAAAUCGAUCGGUUGCGUAGAAGACUAGAAGAACGAGAAAUCGAGAUAGAUAAGUUGAGAAAUGGAACAGUCCCGAACAUGUGGGAUAUUAAAUCUCGAAGUAUUGCGCAACCUGAAGAGUUAUUAAAUAAUUUGAACCACAGUGGCCCUCCUCAUAGCGCUCGAAGUACGUGCGAACCUAACGAAUAUGUAACUUUGGCUUUUGCUGCUGAAGCUGAAAGAGAGAGACUGCUGGAGUUAAUAACAAUCCUCAACAGGCGUCUAGAUAAAGAGAGAAACUAUGCCGACACUCUUUCUAACACGUUACGUAAUGAGAAAGAUAAAUCGGCGAAGUUAGAAUUAAAGAUACGAAAAUUGGAGACAGAAAGAAUAGGGAUUGUCAAAAUUGACACUGGCUAUAAAACGAAAUUGCCAAAAUUAUCGAAGGCCAGUGAUAAAGAAAUGAAUGUUGAACAAAUGCGGCUCAAAAUGGAGUUAUUACAAGAGGAAUGCCUCGCGUUGAAAGCUAGAUUAGACACUGUGCAACAGGACAAAGCUGAGGACCUUGCGACUUAUAAGCAGAUGCACGAACAAGUUAGAAAAAUUUUUCAUGAAGCCUGCAGAAGCAAACCACUGCCUCCCAUUGGUAGUCGUUCUACCAUUACAGUUUAAUCAGAAUUUCAAACUUUCGAUAGCCUUCUAAGAGUCUAAAACAUUCGAUAACUCUAGUGGAGCGAAACCGAA